AUGUCAAAGGCAAUACAUCAGGCAUUGCGAGCAUCAUGGUGGCUCGCCUCCCGUCCAAGAGGCCCACGAUGUCGCGAUUUGGGGCUGUCCAAUGCGGGGCUAGAGAAUCGGGUAUUCUAUCGUUCAGCGCAUAGUCGGGCAACUGAAUAUCUGCAAAUGCACGACCCAGACCUAACAGACUCUCAAAGAACUGUCAGAGAGGCCGUUGCAAAGAUAUGCUCAGACUUCCCUGACGAGUAUUGGGCCAAGCAGGAGGAAUCCAAGAAAUUCCCAACGCAACUGUAUGAUGCCCUCGCGAAAGACGGCUGGUUAGGUAUCUGCAUGCCUUCCAAGUAUGGCGGAUCAGAGCUGGGAAUUUCCGAGGCGGCUAUCAUGAUGCAGACCAUAUCAGAGUCCGGAGGCGGGAUGACUGCAGCCUCAUCUGUGCACAUGAACAUCUUUGGGCUCGAGCCGGUCGUCAAAUUCGGUUCGGAGGAACAGAGGGAGAAGUACCUAGUGCCGCUCAUCGCCGGAAAGGAGCGGGCUUGCUUCGGUGUCACAGAGCCAAACACCGGACUGGACACUCUCCGGCUUCAGACUCGGGCUGUCCGUGACGGCGACGACUAUCUGGUCACGGGGUCCAAGAUCUGGAUCUCCACAGCACAGAAUGCACAGAAGAUCCUUCUACUCGCCAGAACGACACCGCUUGAGGAAGUCACCAAGCCUUCUCAAGGAUUGUCUCUCUUCUAUACGGAUCUCGACCCAAAGGUCGUUGAAAUUACUGAGAUCCCCAAGAUGGGCCGGGCGGCUGUCGAUACAAACAUGUUGUUCUACAACGACUGGCGGAUACCAGCUUCCGACCGCAUCGGCGCCGAGAACGAAGGGUUCAAGAUGAUCAUGCACGGCAUGAACGCCGAGAGGAUCCUCAUCGGCGCAGAGGCGCUCGGCCUAGGCUACGCCGCACUCCGGAGGGCAGCCGUGUACGCUGGAGAGCGGACCGUCUUUGGUAGGUCCAUUGGCAAGAACCAGGCCAUCCAGCACCCCCUGGCGGACAGCUGGAUGCAGUUGGAAGCCGCGCGGUUGAUGAUCUACCAGGCGGCCAAGAUGUACGACCAGGGAUACCAAGCGGGCGAGUACGCCAAUGCGGGCAAGUAUCUGGCGGCAGAGGCGGCUUUCCGCGCCUGCGAGAGAGCGGUCAUGUGCCAUGGCGGGAUGGGCUAUGCGAAGGAGUAUCACGUCGAGAGGUACCUUCGGGAGGUCUUCAUUCCACGGCUGGCGCCUGUCAGUCGGGAGAUGAUUUGUAAUUAUAUCGGAGAACGGGUGCUGGGGUUACCCAAGUCAUAUUAG